CCUAUUCCUCUUGGUAUCGCGGUGUGUCUUUUUCCCAAGAAUAUUCUCCCUCUCCAGAGACGGACUGGAAACUUGCAACUCCAGCCACACCUUUGGAUGCUGACAGCUAGAACCGCCAGGUGAAGACUGUCUCUGGUGACAGGCUUUGUAGGUGCACUAGGGAGAUUACGAGCUUCUAGGAAUCCAAAAGCUACUCAGACGGUGAGAGCGAAGUGCAUGGUGAUACGGAGAUGUACCAGCAGCAGAUGUGGGCCCUGAAGAAAGAGCAGCUUCUGUUCUAGCGUGUACGGUGAGAAGAAGGCCCCUUCUUUCCUGGGAGACGAGACACAUGUGCUACUUGUGGUAAAUAAGUGAACAAAUGCAAGAAGACUGAAGGUACACUGGCUGAGAGAAGUGGACUAGGUCUGCCUACCUUCCUUUCCCAGUAUAGAACCCAGGGCUUUCAGUUUCCUGAGCACCUGGGAGAAAAGCAGAACACACAGAAAAGCAAAGGAGUCUACAAAGCACACCAGAAUGGUUUCCAGCUUUCCGUAACUGCUGAAGAAAUGGCUGGUUUUUCCAGGAGAUAGAAAGAAAAUCAAUUGGAAAGGGAAUGAGAUAUAGCAUGUUACGGUCUGAUAAGGGAGGAAACUGGAAAAUGGUGUAUAAAGUUAAGUCUUUGAACAAAGGAUUUUUUUUCUAAGAACCUUCUUCAUUUGGCUAGUUUUGCUUUCUCACUACCUCGCUGUCAGAAUAAACCUUCCCUUCUGCACCGAGGAUGGUGGACUCUUGCAGGGUAUCUCCAGCUAGCUCGCUCCUCCCUCUUCUCCUUCUCCAGGUAGCCACGUGGCACUCAGCAGCGUCUGAGUUUUCUGUAAAGGGACAGGCUGAGCCCAUCGUGGUACCCCUCGGUGCAGAUGCCAGCCUGCCCUGCCGCCUGUCUCCCGAGCAGAGUGCAGCCCACAUGUACAUCAGGUGGUACCGUGUCCGGCCCUCACCCGCUGGGCUGGUGUUCCAGAACGGACAGGAACCAGUUGGGGAGCAGAUGCUGGAGUAUCGUGGCAGGACUGAACUGCUGAGAGACGCCAUCGGCAAAGGGAGCGUGACGCUGCUGAUAAGGCACAUUCGGGCCUCUGAUGAUGGCCUGUAUCAGUGUCAUUUUAAAGAUGGCGACGUCUCCCAAGAGGCCUUCGUGGAGCUGAAUGUUGUAGGUGUAGGCUCUGAACCUCAUGUUCACAUGACAGGACCCAAGGAAGAUGGGAUCCAAGUGCUGUGCUCCUCAAGCGGCUGGUUCCCAAAACCCAAGGUGCAGUGGAGAGAUACUGCGGGAAGGCGGCUACCUUCCCUCCCUGAGUCUCACACCCAACACAAGGAUGGGCUCUUUCGUGUGGAUGCAUCCCUUGUGGUCACAGACAGCUCUCUAGGCAACGUGACCUGCUCUGUCCAAAAUCCCCUCUCUGGUCAAGAGAAAAUAUCUACCAUCUUCCUCCCAGCGCCCUUUUUCCCCAAGGUGUCUGUGUGGAAGUCAGCACUGGCUGGGACAUUCCCCAUUCUGGGGCUCCUACUCAUUGGGAUCAGCUACAUGGGCUGGAGAGAACAUGAAGACAAAAAGAAAGCAAUAAAGAAAAUGAAAAAGGAAUCUCACGAAAGAGCUCAGAUGAGUGAUGAAAAGGAAUAUGUACUUAAGACUAAAGCGGAACUCGAGGCAGCCCUUGAACAGCGAAAGGCAUUAUACAAUAAAGAUUGGAAGAAAGCCCUACUGUAUCCUGAUUGGAGAAAAGAACAUUUCAAGCCUGCUCCUGUGAUUUUAAAACACCAAAUGACUCAGUCAAACAGCUCUGACCCAGAGAACAAAGAGAACUACAGAGAAGAAACACAGGAACUACUUCUCAGCGAUGAGCAAGGAGACUGCAGCCUCAUCACACUUGAUCAGGAGCAUGCCAUGUCAGAAAGACACUACUGGGAGGUGGACGUUGAGAAUGCUGAGGAGUGGACUGCAGGCAUUUAUGAGGUGCACAAGGAUGGGACUGGACCGUCCAAAGAGCCAUUAAGAGUGAACUUCAGAGUCUUAGUGAAGAAAGGAGAUGAGUACAAGGCCCUCGCUUAUUGUUCCAAAAACGUUUCCCUAGAAGAGCGUGUCUCAGUGGAAAAGUGUCCCCAGAAGAUUAUGCUGUUCUUGGAUUAUGGGGACAAUGACAUUUCUUUCUACAACAUGACAGAUGGUACUCACAUCUUUUCCUUCACCCAGCCCACUUUCUCUGGGCAGCUCUAUCCUUAUUUUAGACUUAGAAGCAUGGAGCUCUCUCCAUCUGCAAAACGUUAAGUGACCUGGAGAAUUAUGGUGCACUAGAAUAUAUCAGCUUGUUUUUGAUAGGGUCCUUCCCAGCUCAGAGUACAACUUCCUCCUGCCCUUCCCGCAUGAACAAAGAAAUUCCAAUCAGCUCCUAACAAGUCACUGAGCCCACCCUUCAAGCUCAGCCCCUAGCCAGAUCCUCGUAACUCCCCCAGCCUCCUUCGUGGAGCCUCAGAGGAGCCCAGUGCUGUACGCAGUGCUCUCCUCUUCGUGUACGGAGUGAAGACAUUCUUUUCCCUUUAUUUUUCUUCUGCACCAUAAACCUAACAGUUUUCUUUAAGCUCCAAUGUGAGCCCUGAUCUGUGGCCUCAGACACCACCGAUUAAGGAGCCCCUCAGCCUAAGACCCCAUGAGCCUUCAAGACCAGAGUUUCUGAUGACAAAAAGGCGCUGUUCCACAAAUAAUCUGUAGAGAAGAAUCGGGUUUCUAGGUUUUGCAAAAUUAUUUUUUGUAAAUGUUUCUUGCUUUAUAUCCAGUAUAGCACUGAUCGAGGAAAAUGGCAUGGAUAAAAAUGAAAACUAUACAAUUACAAGUGGCAAACAUUUUAUUAUUAAUUCAAC